AUGGCAUCGAAAAUAAUUUCUCGCAAAGAUAACACUCUCAAGGCAAGGUUCAACCCGUAUGGCAGACCUUCUCCGCGCUCUCUCAGGGGAACCAUGAACGCAUACGAAAUGCAGGAACUGGAAUGGGGCAUUAAGGCAUCGAUCAAGUCCUAUCAACGUGAACUUCGGCAACGUGAAGAUGACAAAGAUGUGUGGAUGGGAUUCGCUAUGGAUCUCGACCUGCCCAUUAGUACAGGGAGUGGAACAUAUGGCUGUGCGGACACCACGAUGGUAGAUGACGAGAAUGGACCCCUGGCUAUCGUUUCGACGACAAACGACUGUGGUGAGGCCCAGUGGUACCAGUACCAAUCGCCAAAAAAAAGAAAACUUGUUCGCAGAUUACACACACGUGUAAACAAGUAUAUCGAUCGUCACUGUGAGAUUAAGCAUGUCAGUACUGAACAGUUACGCGAACGCAUGUACAUUGCGCUGCAAACUGCAUUGCUGGAUGUGGAUGUUGACGAGAUUAUGCUGCCUGAAGCGAGUCCAGAUGAAGCCAAAGUCAGGAAACACAGUGGGCUUCAACAGGACUGCCUCACCUCACUCAUGGUUACACGAUGA